AUGUCGGUCUUACCAAGUCCACAAGCACCCUUCUUGCUCCUCUUAUUUCUCUUCUCGUCUUUGUAUCCUGGAUUGCAUGGCUUCAAAAUAACUGGUGCAUCGGGUGGUGUUAACUCAGUUACUGGGGCGCGGCCAUUGCGUUACGAAAUCAACGAGUUUGCCAAUUCUGGACCGGCGUUCCAUUUGUUUGUCCUGGCAAUGAUGGCUUUUCAAAGUACCAACCAGUCAGACCCGCUUUCAUACUUCCAGAUCUCAGUAGGGAUUCAUGGUUUUCCUCAAACUCCUUGGGAUGGUGUGCUGGGUACAGGCCAGUAUGCUGGAUACUGUCUACAUAGCGCUGUCCCCUUUCCGAUGUGGCAUCGGCCAUACGUGGCGCUAUUAGAGCAAAUCCUAUGGACCUACGCGCAGGACAUUGCAGAUAUCUUCCCGGAGGAAGAACGCGGCCAAUACAAGCAAGCGGCAUUGAAUUUGCGAUUUCCGUACUGGGAUUGGGCAUUAUAUCCUGCUCUGCCAGACGCGGUAUCUCAACCACAAAUCACCGUGAACACGCCCGAGGGAUGGCAGACCGUCGACAACCCGCUCUUCAGCUACAAAUUUCAGUCUAAUGCUGGAGGAAAUAGCUUCCCGCCAGCACACCCUUUAGCAAAGUUUGGAUCUACCGUUAGGUACUACAAUACUUCCACGCAGCAAAGCGAUCAGACUGCGGCGACUGCUUCAUUGAGAGCUCAGGCUCCAGGGUUACUUUCGUUGACAUAUCAAUUGUUCACAACAAUCUCUGACUACACACUGUUUUCUUGCAACAAUCCGGGUGGGAAUCCAGGUAUUUUGAACAAUAUCGAGGCCAUCCAUAACGGCAUCCACAGCAGUGUUGGUGGCUAUGGACACAUGUCAUACCCCGAAACCGCAGGAUUUGACCCUGUAUUCUUCUUACACCAUGCGAAUGUCGAUCGACUUGUUGCCAUGUGGCAGAUCCUCAAUCCCGAUAGUUACAUCGUCCCAACGAUGAAUGCCUACGGCUCCUAUUACGAAUUGAAAGGGUUCAUUGAUUCGGGCUCCACGGCAUUGGCCCCUUUCCAUUCUGAUGCGGGUAGCACUAUGUUCACAACAGACGGUGUCCGUAAUACUAGGACUUUUGGUUACGCCUAUCCUGGACUAGAAGACUGGAAUAAGACUCAAGCCGAGUUGGCCAGCAAUGUACGCCGUCUGAUCAAUACCCAGUACAACCCCCUCACAAACACCACGCAUACCCGCAUGAGCAGGGCACUCAGUCAGAGAUCAGCCAAUGUUGCCGAUGUCUUUGGCCAUGUUGACCUCGACAUGGCACGGGACAUGAGUGUCAACAAUCUCGAAAUGCAAUGGUCUAUCGCUGUUCUAGUUGAGCGGUUCGCCUUUGAUACUAGUUACUGCAUCGACUUCUUCAUCGGCGACCCACCUGCCGAUGUUACGUUGCGACCAACCGCCAAAAACCUGAUCGGAUCAUAUGCACAGUUCGGCCAUGCGAACGUUUCGCUGAUUCACCCAGAGGGUGCUCCUGAAGGACAAGUUGGGAGCGAAGUCUCGAUGACGCACGUCUUGGCCGCCGGUGUUAUGCGAGGCGUCUUGAAAGACUUGUCCCCAGAAUCAGUGGUACCACUGCUCCAGAACGCUUUGCACUGGAGGGCCCGGACCACGACAGGAGAUGACGUGCCUUUGGAAGCAGUCUCGGGCCUGUCAAUUUCUGUCUACAGCCGAUCUGUAGUUCCAACAGAUGCCGACGACAGAUUUCCUCAGUAUGGACCCGUGCAAUGGCAGCGAUCUGCGACUAAUGGCAAGCCGUGCGGGUCUUCGUGGCCAAGUACGUGGGCCCAGCCUGUGUGA